UGUGGCAGUGGAGGCAGACUGUGCUUCCCUGACAGUAAUUUCCUUGUGAUUGUUUUUGUCCGGAUAGUUUUAGUGUCGGUGCGGAUGACAGUCCGUGAGGGACAGAGGCUCCUUUCAUGUAGUGUUAGCCAUCGAAGAAUCGACUCCAUGGAGGUGGUGGACAGCCCGCUGAACCUCGCUCAUCAGCAGUGCAGGAAGGCAGACCGUUUGCUGGCAGCUGGAAAGUAUGAAGAGGCCAUCUCCUGUCAUGGAAAAGCAGCUGAACAUUUGACAGAUGCUAUGAAGAAAACUGAGUGUGAGCAGGCUCGUCUGUCCAUGGAGCUGCAGCGGGACAGUCACAUCAAACAGCAGCGACUCAUCCAGGAGCGCUGGAAGAGGGAGGCUCGUCGGGAGGCAACAAAAGCCCGACCCAGCCAGGGCCAGCCCUCUGGCGCCUCACAGCUCUCAACCCAAACCAAUCCCGCAGGGCUGUCGCAGCUGCAGGGCUCCUCAGGCCUCUCGGCUGCAGAGCGGGCUGGAGUCAGGAGAGAGAGAGAGUACGACACCUUGCUGUACCAGCUUCAAACACGGCAGUCUGGAGGCUGCCAGCCUUCCACUCCACCGUGCCCUGGAUCUAAGACCACCAAAGACGACAAAACCCGACUGGAAGAACAACAGACCACCAUCGAGAACCUACGCCGCCUGGUCGACCAACUGAUGGACGAAAACCAGCGGCUGGCAGCUGACAAUGAGCGACUACAAUCUGAAAACGCCAGGCUGCGAUCCGAGGCGGCCGAGGCAGCAGACUUUGUGGAGCGUUCGGAGCUGUGGGUGCUCCCACAGGCAGGUGGUGCUAUGGGAACAGUGGGAGGGCAGGAGAGGAAAAGCACAGGGAAGGGAAAGGAGAUCGCCAUCCCACAGUUACCCCCGCUGGAGAUGCCGGCUCAGGAGGAUCUGUGUCUGGAUGAUCUGCCUCCUCUGGAGCUACCAGAGGACAUCCAGAAUGAACUACAGGAGCUGCUGGACAGAGAAAAACUGUGAUAAGAGACACGAAUCAAACACGAACACACAAUGACACACAAAAGUUUGCCAUGAAUGCACAAAGUCUGUCUGAUCAGACCUCUGCUCAGGAGCAGAAGCCUCUGCAGUCUGUUUAAAGCUGUUUUAUACAUCAGCUCACUCUUAAAAUGUAAGGACUUUUGUGCAUGUGUGAAGUAAGAAUAAGAUGUGAAAGUAACUUCGAUGUAGAGGAAAGGAGGUCUCAUCAGACAGAUGAAGUGUGGACAUUUAAACCACUAAUACAAUCUCAGAUAAAGGAGCAGUUCCCCUCAGAUACUCUGCUGGAGCUCGGUGAGGUUGUUGUGUCAUAGUAUGGUAAAAUAAAAACAAACUCACGGGACUGUGACGUUUAAAGCUAGUUAACUCCUCAUUUUCAAAAAUGAAAUGUGACAAAAUACUUGUUAACUGGAAGAGCUGUCUUUAACCACGUCUCAGUGUCUCCCUCUGGUGGACUGUAUCCUGUGUUCCUCUGUGUUUCUGGUCAUUUAAGGACGGCUGAGCUCUCUCUGCAGCAACAGAUUAAAGGCUGUGAAAGGAAGCUGCUACAUGCAGUUAGAGACUGAGACUAUUGUGUGAAAACAACACAGGCAGCAUAAUGGAGAACUUUUUCUCUUAAGUUAACGUUUAACUAAACAUGUUUCAUUUUUGGAAAGUAAUUUCUUUACUGACAAGACUAAAGCGGCACUUUGAGUAGUCAGACAACCAGGUGUGUUCCAUACAAGCUCAAGUCCAUUUGCCAUUUGAAGACUGUUACUUUUGUACAAUGCACUCUGAGAGUUUCCUCCUUUAAACCUUUGCAGCAGCAGAGAACACUCCUUGGGGGGCAAGUAGUGAUUUCUGCAUAGAGAAAUGCUACCAAAAGGCCAUGUUUUGAUUUGUUUACAACUAUGCCAAGCAUUCAAAGUGUGAAAAAAACCACACUCUCAAGCUGCUGCUGCUUUGUGUCCUGAGAGUAGUGAAACAUUAAGGCAAAUAUAGAAGCUCACAGAGAAACAGCAGCAGGCAGGAAUUUAACAAAGCUUCUGUCUAAAGACUAGACGAGAAGUGUCACACAAUACUCAUGUAUGCUCUUAUUUCACAAAGCAGUCUGGUUUAGCUCAGCCUUUCCUGAACUUUAAGGUCACAUACUAUGCAAAAUACACUUUUUCAGGCUUUUAUAACAAAUUUAUGUGCCGCUGGCUUUUCAACAAUCCCCCAAGAGUCAGAAAAACUUCUUGGACUUUAAAAACAUUCAAUCAUGAAAUCAAGUGUUGUAUGAUAAUUCAGUUGCCUCUUAUGGCCCGCCUGCCAUACCCUUGAUAUCCACCAGUGGGCCCACUCAUAUGGAAUCACUGGUUCAGCUCAUUAAACUAUGAUCUUAAUUUUUUUUCUUCAACUGAUGUCUGUCCAGUCUUGCUUGCUAAGAUGGGAAAAAUGUCUCUUUAAGGGAUUUAAGGGAUCUGGAUCAUUCGGCUUCCAAGGGGUUUGACACCAGUUUGAAUUUUUAAAUGAGGAUUAAAUAAAGGAUAGAGGAAAAGAAACUGGAACUCAAAUAGGAGCUAUCUUCUGUCACUAACAUAAAGUAGCGGGUUUGUAGCAAAGGCCAUUUGUGAAAGGUUGCAUACCCCACAAGGAUUAUUCAGUUGAUAGUAUAUCACCGUUUUUAUUAAAGACAUCUUUCUAACAAAAUGAGGAAAUUUCAUUUUUUAAAGGGGCUCAGCUAGCUUCUAAGCUUAGUACAAGACUCUUUGAGGCUCUUGUCUCCCUUCAUCUGGAUAGAUGGCAAUAGGUCUUCAGGACUAAGUAAAUUGAUAUUGAUCUCCUGGUAAAUUGUGGAUAAAUUGUGGAAAAAAAUCCCCUUUUUGUAAAAUGUAGGGAUCGUACUCAAUGUAUGUAGAAAUAUUCAGAUGAUGAUUGCAGCGUAGAGAUCCAUUUAGAGCUGUAAAGUACUAACUUUCCUCUGUUUCCACUCACUCCUUAUGACAUUCCCCCACUUCCUGAUCCCCAACGGACAUUUGCACAUUAUCAGAAGCACAUGACUGCAAAGAACCUAUUUUGUAGAUCUAGAUGAGUACUAUCAAAAAGAACAAUGCAGCUGAAUGGCAUCACUACCCAGACUGCAUUGCACAGAAAUGACAGCUCAUAAGUGAGUUUAUUCAGUAAAUUGAAUCCAAAAUGUAGAAACCUAGUGUAUUACUUUAUACAGUAUACAUAGGACAGAUACUCAUGUGUAACCUGUUAGUAUGUCUUAACAUGCAGGGAAGAUUCAUAAAUACGCAGAUGAUAUAAUGUUAUUUUAGAUUAAAUGAAAAAUGGCCUUAUGUACGUGAAUUGUGCAUCAAGAAUUUUAUUCAAGAAUAUUUGUUUUACUUGUUUCACAAUAACGUCCAAGCGAACUUCCUGUUUAGCUUUGAUGUUUGGCUAUGUGUGCUGCAGAAGACGUUCAGAGAACUGAGUUGAAGUCUGAGCUACUCUGCUGGACAAGCAACACAAUAACAGAGUUUUAAAAUCACCCUUUGGUUUAAAAUAUAUGCACGUCUAGAAGAAGUUGUAGCUAACUUUAAGUGAAAACAUCACUGGGGCACUCAUAGCCUAGGUGGCGUCCCAUGUACAGAGGCUACAGACCUCUGAUGGGGGUGGCAUGGUUUCAGAUCCAUCCUGCUGGUCUUUUUUUGCUGUUUCUCUGUCCUCAGACAUGUCUAAAUAAAAGCAAAAGCUUUAAAGUCUGUCUUUUAAAAACAGGAUUUAACCAAUUAUAGUUGCCUAGUACUUCUAAUUUCUAUCGCUACCAUUUGAUUUUCACUCAUGCCAUACCUAAAUCGAAAAUUCAGGUUUUGGAGCAACCCUAGAUCGUGUCAUUGAUACAAAAUUUCUGUUAGAAAGCCAUAAUGACCGACUCUGGCUCUAAAACAGCAAUUUAGCAAUUAAAAUUAAAAUAAUUCUUUGUUCAAAUCAAGUGCCAACAGUAUUCAGAGCACUCUUAAUGCUGCCUGGGUUGUUGAUGUCUCCGUGGUUCAGUCCUAUGACGGCAAACAUGCUCCCUGCCGCGUCUCUGAACUGGACGAACUGCUCCUUUAUAGCAUCAUCGAAGGUGCGAGGUACUAACCUGAACGCCUUUAUCAUUGACGCACACUCAGAGAUCAGGAUCAUGUGAUUCAGUUACAGCAAAGAUCGCUGCUGUUGAAGACAAGAAAAGACUUUUUUUAAUUUUCUGAUUUGGUAAAGUGAAAUUAAAAGCUUCAAUGAUCAUGUGUGUGCUGUGAUUUCUUUUCUGAUCAGGUUUUUUCAAAUGACGUGGCUGCCAAUGAGAAUAAAUGA